AUUUUUUACACUGACCAAGACUGAUUGGUUGAUGGUUGUUGUCUUUCUUGAAAGUUGUUUACAAGAUGGCUGACACCGGGCAAAAUCGUUUUCGAGGGCAACAUCAAGGAUCAGGAGAAGACUUCAUCUCAGAUGGAGAUUUCCCACAAGAUGCUAAGGAAGAGGUGAGGGAGUGGAUAAAUGUCAACAGAAAGAUGCUUCGCAGUGGAUUGUCUUCCAUCAGAGUGUUGCCGUCACAGGAUGUGAAGCUGGAUUCUGGUCGCUACCUGUGCAUGGACCUUGAGUCAAGCCAGUCUCUGCGGGCGUCGAUGAUGUCUCUGAUCACGGAGGUGGACAGGAAGGACAGCAUGGUGCAGGAUCUGGUGCAGACCAACAGCCGGCUCAAGGAAGAGGUGUCGGAGCUGGCCUCGGAGGCUGAAACAGCCAGCACCAAGGCCAAGGACAUCAAGGUCAUGCUAGAGUGCUCGCGGGCUCGAGUCCAGGAGCUAGAAGAUGAACAGUCAAGGUCGUCGUCAGCCUACGCGGAUGAAGGCGAGCGUCUGCGCAACACAAAGUCGGCCAUUAACCAGCGGUGUCGGCAGCUCGAGGCAAAAGUUGAGGAGCAAGAGAAAGAGGCAGACCGUCUCCGGCGAGAACUUCACACCUUGUCGAUGGAGGACGAGCGUCGGACAAAACGACAGAACCAGGUGUUCAUGGAGUUCAAGAAAAGAACGUCGCGGGCACACUCGGCCGUGGACCAGAAACUUCUGGACGUCAUUGACGCCUACGAAUGUCAGAUCUAUGACCUUCAGAAACAGCUGGACACCAGCGGUGUGGAGUCAAGAGGGAGGUCGCGGGGAGAGGAGUCUGUGGCCUCAUACAGCAGUCAGUACCGAGGGAUCCUGAGGUCGUACGAGAAACAGUUACGGGAAAGAGACCGGAAGAUCAAAGAACUGGAGGAAGAGAGGGAAGUGGACAAGUUGGACAUGGGAUCUCGGCCAGAGAUGAAGGACUACAGGAUGCUGGCGCAGCGGGUCAAGAAGCUGGAGAAACUGCUGAGUCAGCACAACAUUAACAUUCCCGGAGAAAAGGCAACCAGAGACCCGUUCCAGAGCAAGAAAAAGUUCAGCGCUCUCCUGGAAGAUUUGAACUACCUCCCUGCAGACCAGUGCCGGCAGUACCUCAGGGACAUGUGCCAGGAACUGGAGACAGACAACCUAGACUGUCUGGUGGCCAUAGUACAGGAGCUCAAGCUGGAUGAGGAGGGGGCUGACAGAUUCCAAGAGUACUGCCGAGAGUUGUCGGCCAUUGUGGAGAGUCUGGAGGAACAGAACCACCGCAGUCGCUACCACCGCUCCGAGAGAGAUUCCAACAUGGCGCUCUGCGACUCCAACAUGAGGUACUAUCUGCAGGUCAUCGACAACUGGAAGAAGGAUAUAGCUUCUCUCGACGACCUACAGACGGCCUUGAAUUCUCUGCUAGGUCGUCUGGUGCCGUGGCUUCACGCUCACAUGGACGGUCAGCGAAGUGUUGGGGAGAUGGUGGAAGUUUUGGAGCAAGUGGCGCACGCUGACAGGACCGAGGCUAGACAGACCGUGAUGGAGGACGUGUCCCGACCCACCCUGGAGAGCAUCGUCAGCCAUUUCCAGACGUUGUUCGACACACCCCGGGUGUCGGGAGUCUUUCCUCGCAUGAACGAGAUUUACCGCGUGCUGGGCGAGUCGAAGAAUGUGCAGAACACGCUGAAGAACCUUCUGGGCCUCGACCAAGACGCCCAUGCCUCAGCUCUGGUCGACACAGUGGGACGUCUGUGCCACAUGCACAACUCCACCACCGCCAGGCAGCUCAAGAAACUCAUGCAGACUGACGACCUCAGCGGGGUCAUUCGCAGACUAGACGAACACACAGAAUUUUUCCCAGCGUUCCAAGGAAUCAUACACAAACUUUUUGACAUCCUCGGAGUGGACAAGAUGGACGAAGUCAUCCCGGCCGUGCGGGCUCUCAAGUUACUGGCCAGCUAGACGUGGAACCGAACCAAAUCCUUCAGGCUACAGCCCGGGGACCUGACACACUGACUGGUUCAACCUCUCCCGACUGCCCGUUCGUCGUCUGUCGUCUGUUGCAGCUCAGCAAAUGUUUCGAUGACAUGAAAUAUUUAUUCUGAGAGUUUUUCUAGCUCUAGUGAUUCGUUGAAAGUGAAAGUGAGAAAAUGAUGUACAUGAUGUAGAUAGUUAACGUAAGCUAUGAUGAUUGGAAUCCGUCCACUUUGAAUUCUUCAUUUCUAUAACCUAAGAAGAUGCAAUUUGAUCUGAAACUUGACUUCCUCCUAUUUCUUGUCUCUCUGAGCAUUGCGUGCAGCCUCUCUAUAACAACCUUCGAUGUAACGACAUCCUCUGUAUAGCAACGUGGUGCCCAGGUCCCGAUUUUUUCUGUAUAUAUCAUUAGUAAUUUUUGGUUGCCUUUCUAUAGUAUAAAACGAAACUCUCUCUAAACAACGACUCUCUAUAACGACAUUUUUUUCUGGUCCCGACAACGUGGUUAUAGAGAGGCUGCACUGUAUUCUUCUGUCUACAUUGUACUGCGUGUUUUGAAAAUUGUGCUGACCCUAGUAAAUAAUUCUAUUUAUCAGUAACUCUGUGUAUCUUUAGGCAGCAUCUGAUUUCACACCACCCAGUACUUAAGUACUGACUUUAGUUUUACACUGUUCCUUAAGCCUUAAGACUUUUCACUUCUUUAUCUGCAAAACUAUAAAUGUCUAAAUAUCAACCAUAUAUUACAAAUAGAUACAUUUUUAAUGCUCAUCUUUCCUUUUCUGUUCACAUAUUUUGUUCUUCAAUAAGAAAGCCUCUUUCUCUCUUUUCAUUUGCUUAAACUAUUUUGCUCUCCUCUGCAUAGUUCAUAGCCACGCUUUUCGAUUUGAAAAGCAAAUGUCACAAUCAUAAGUCAUAUGUUGUACAUUUUUACCGUCAACAAUAAAUGGCUACC